CAGAGUGUCAAAAAGCUCCUCAUCGGCGCAGUGUUGAGAAAACCUCUGCUUCUCUAUUGUGAUUUUAUUUUCCAUCUCUUUACCUGCAUUUCUGCCACAGCAAAUCCCUCAAUUAGUCAGUGAAGAGUGCUGGAAUUGGUUGUGCAAAAGCCCUUUGCUCUUAGAUAUCAGUCCAAUGCUGUUCUUUGCCAUUAGAAUUGCUCGUCUUUUGGCAUUCCUUUGACGCCAGAGAGCUUCUGGUGUUGAAAGUUUGAGAGAAGUGCUUUUUCAUGCGUGAAAAAUACUUGCAUUCCGCGAUUAAAUUAGUGGAGAAAGAAGAAAUUGUGCGAAGUUUAUCAUCUCUAUAAUGUCAUGUGAAUGUAGUUUUAGUGAUAACAAUUGAUUAGAAGUCGUGCUGUAAUGUUCUUGUUUGAAGGUUUUUUUUUCUCUCCUCACAAUUUUUGAGUGUGUUUAAAGUGCAUUUAGUAUUUUGCAGUUUGUAAUCAUGUGAUAAAGGAUUUUCUCCGUGUUUGAGUGUUUAACAGGAUUUCAGUGAAAAGUUACGUGAUAAUGCCUUCGCCAGGGGACUUUAUAUAACGUCUGCCGAGUGGAGGUCUUGUGUUCCACCACCCCCUCCUGCUGAAAUGGCUGCCGAGCACACAUUUUUCGGCACCUGGGAGAUAAUGGAGUGCUCCAUAUCGGGGACGACGGACUCGCUGGGCCUGAAAGGGGUGAAAUUUAGGCUGGACGAAAUGGGUGACAUUACGUGGUACAGCGAUGUGGUUCAUGACAAUCAGGCGCCCGAGGAGCGCGACACGGAGUUCCUCGCCAUUCGCAGUGAGUUCACGGAGAUCCUCUUCAGCUGCGAGACCUUCGAGGUGGUGGAAUUGCUGUCGAAUGGGCCGGGCUUGGCGUUUGGCGCCUACGCGGGGCACAACAUCGAGUUCAAGACGACCACCUUCACGCCCAUGGACAUGAUGGUGUUGAACUGCGAGGGAUGGUGCUUCCUGUCCUGCCGGCGCCUGAGAGAGGAUCAGACCAUCAUCCAGGACUGCCCCUUCUCCCUCCUGUCCGCACUCCAAGAGGGCUACUUUGCCGAUGUGAUCAUCAAGAGCUCCGAAGGACUCUAUUUUGAGGCUCACUCUGCUGUCCUGCGACUCUCCGGCUUCGAUUGCAGCAUGAAUUAUCCCAAUCAAGCCUCUCCGCAUCCCGUGACAGACUCCGCAAGUGCCACAAUUCGGCCACCUCAGGAAAUUCCCAGCCAGAAAAUGCCCACGAGUCACUAUCUCCUGCCGCCAUCCAACAUCCUCACCACGAAAUCCAUGUCGGGCUCCUUCAACUGUCUCACCGUGACUUCACCACGGGAAUCUCUGCUGGCGCUGCACAACCAGACCUCCUCUUCCGACUCCGACUUGCGCCUGGCCAGUCCCAAGGAGAUCUUCACCUUCUCCGGCGCCUUCCCGCUCACGCCCACGGAGUCGCCGGUGAACAGGAAAGCGACCUGUCCCUCGCCGCGACUCCGCUGCGCCUCACCCUUCUCGCCCUCCUGCCUGGACACGCCGCCCACGUCGCCACUCACGCCCAUCUCAGUGCUGUACAAUCUGCCGCACACCAUGCUCGUGCCCAUCUUCCACUGGCUCUACUCCGAGAGUCUGCCCACCGGGCUCAAGGAGGACGUGUGCGAGAGGCUGAUGAAGUUCGCCGAGGUCACGGCGCCGCUCAGCAAGAUGAUCGACGCGUGCCGGAAGUACGGACGGAAUGUGAAGCUCAAGAGAUUCAUUGUGGACGUGACAAUGGACAUACACACAUCGCUGAACAGAAUCAUUCAGUCCAUCAAUCCUCACACCCUCUCGCGCCACCCUGAAGUGCUGUGUUCGGUAUUCAAGCACAGCGUGAAGGAGACUGCCAUUGGCUGUGCGCGAAUCCUUCAGUUCUGCAACAUCUUCGUGAAGGAGGCGUCCAACAUUUCGCGCCAGCAGAGGCAUGAGAUCAUCAAGUUUGCACGAUCACGAAUGCCAAUUCUGGCCUCACAAAUCCACCAGCUGCUGAAGAACAUCUACGAAGUGCUGUCGCGACUGUCGCCGGAGAAGAAGAGCGAUCUGGCGACAUUUCUGGUGCCACACAUUGAGAUCACCUUCGACAGAAUGGCCAAUCUCAUUGGGGACAUCAAGACGUCGCUGGAGAAGAUGUAUCAGGACUUGAAGUCUGUUCAGUCUGCGCCGCAAGCGAGAGAUUCGGUGCGACAUCAGGAGCAGAAUCGCAACGCUGAGCAGAUGGAGAUCGGCUGUCAGGGACACGGAGGAACAUUUCACAACAAGUACUCUGGCUCUGAGAAUGACCUGACCUUUGUCCUGUACAUGUAUGAACUGCGGAAGAUGCGAGACAUCUACGGUCGCGUGCAGUCGGCAAUGGAGAUUGUGCAGCAGAACAGGAACACCUUCAUAGAGAUGGCCACGGACGAGAAGGAGCGCACAAUUCGACGCAAUUUAGAUCAAUUAAUACUGGAGCUUCCGUCGUACAUUGCGAGAAUUGAGAAACUCUCAGACAAUCUUGAUGGCAAUAUUGGUUGGAAGGAGUUCAAGUUUUGCUUCAAGCUGGCAACAGGUCAAGUGAAUGGAGUCAUCUCGAAGCUGUUGGAGCACAAAGCGGCCUUAAAGACUCCAAUUAUUCGAAUUUGCGAGCUGGUCGGCCGGGAAGAGUUCCGCCAGGCUGUGGUGGAGCUGCAGCUCAUUGGUGAGGAUGUCAGCGUGCGAACGGACGGCGGGGGCUUCGAGAGGGGCCACCAGGUGGACUACAGUAGCAUCAAGCUCAACCUCACGAGGCACAUCUGCCAUCCGCCGCCUAUCGUCAACAGCGGCCUGUCCAAGAGCGCCCUGCGCCUCCUGCACUCCGGCCAGCUGUCCGACAUGAACUUCGAGGUGAUUGUGCCUUCGGGAGGCGUGCAGCACGCCAAGGAUCGCCUGGCCAAGACCACAGUGCACGUCUUCAAGGCGCACCGCGUCAUCGUGGCGGCGCGCUGCGAGUGGCUGCGAAAGGCUCUUCUCUCCGGCAUGAAAGAGGAUAUUCAUCGAAAAAUUACUAUUCAUGAUACAUCACCUGUGAUAUUUCGCCGAUUGCUUUUAUACUUGUACGGUGCUCCAAUUGACAAGACGGUGGGCGCUGAGCAGCUGUGCGAGCUGAUGCUCCUGGCCGAUCGCUACUCCAUUGACGAGCUGAAGGACAUCUGCGAGCACACGCUUAGGUCACAGAUCGACGAGGAGUCCGUGAUUCUGCUCCUCAGCAUCGCCGAUCGCUUCAACACGGCCAUCCUCAAGGCGAACUGCUUGUCAUUCAUCUCAAGACACUCUCACGUGACGCACCAGGACAUCUUCGCCGAGCUGCCGGAAACACUUCAGGGUGAAGUUAUUGAGCUUCUUCAGUGGUGCGACCGAACUCCAGAGCCCUGGAAUCACAAUCUGGACAUCAACGGGGCUGUGCUGACAAAUCCUGGCAACUCUAGGAAAUCUCCUCAUCCAUUUAUGUGACAAAUUUUAACACUUUUCCACCGGUCAGAUCAGCAUUUUUCCUCCCCUCCCCAUCAAAACUACUUCCUUCGAGCCUAAUUUGCUCAAGAUUCUCACUGGCAUUUCGCGAGAUUCGCGCGCGCGCGUAAGUAAAACAUUUUCUCUUCAUCACAAAAAAAAACACUUCAACUGAUGAUGCAAUUAUGAAUUUCUCAGUCGUAUUAUUAUUGUGAAUGUCUCUUUAUGGUAAAAUGAGUAUAGAAAUCAAGUAUUUUUGUAAUAAACAACAAUUAAAUUUGAUGGUGAAGACAAUUUCCUAGAUAUAUAAAAAUUCAUAGUGUCAAAUAUUUAAAGAAAAAAAAAUCUGAAUAUCUUUUCAACAAAAAAUCGUUCUCAAUUGAAUGUUGCUAAAAGCAAAAAAAAAGAGAGAAGAAAAACAAUAUAAUAGUCUGUAAAUCUAAUUAAUUUUUCCAACUCUAUUUAAGCAUUUUUGAAUAUAUAUUGAUUUUUUUUUGUUAUUGCGAUGUUUCAUUCGAAGAUAACAUAUUAAAUUCUUAUAAAACUAAAUGGGAGAAAAAAAAGUGUGACAACUUUUCGGGAAAUUAUGUAUAAACACUUAUAACUAAAGUUGUGGAUUUUCGGUAUUUAAUUAUUCUUACUAAACAUAUAUAUAUUAUAUAUAAUACACUCAGAAGUGAAAAGGUAUUAAGAAAGAAAAUAUAUUUAAAAGAAUGAGAUAAAAGUUUUCAAUCAAAAUAUUCAAUUGAA